GAAGGCGACUCCCAGCACGUGGAGGAGAGGGACUCCGGAGCAAAGCAAUUGCUGCUCACUACACUUGUUACUGGUGUCCUGAGCACGAAGAGGGGCGAGUGCAGGAGCCGCCGGAGGGGGGAUUAAAACAAGCAGCUUAGGGGGUGGGGCGGAGAAAGCAAUAAGGAAAAAAAAACCCAAACCCCCAAACCAAAAAAAAAUUUUCAGCCAUUUCCCCCCCACCCCACCCCCCACAUACAUAUCCAGCCAGCCAACCUUCCGAAAGAGGCAGCAACCACCCAGCUCGUUACGAAAAGGGGAAAAGCCAAAAAAUCAUGAGCAAUCAGUACCAAGAGGAGAGCUGCUCUGAGAGGCCUGAAUGCAAAAGUAAAUCUCCAACUUUGCUCUCCUCCUACUGCAUAGACAGCACUGGCAGGCGGAGUCCCUGUAAAAUGAGAUUGCUAGGAGCUGCUCAGAGCCUGCCUUCUCUGUCUAACCGGACAGAUCAGGAUAAGGUCGCGCAAGGCUCCCCAAAGGGCAGUAGCCCCCAGUUCGAAGCAGAACUUCACCUGCCCCCAAAGCUGAGACGCCUCUACGGUCCAGGAGGAGGCCGCCUCCUACAGGGAGCUGCGGCGGCGGCGGCGGCGGCAGCGGCAGCGGCAGCUGCUGCGGCAGCCGCGACGGGCCCGCGCGGGGGAGCCCCAACAGCACGGUCUGGAGACAGGCCCGACGGGGCUGGAGCUGGGGUUGGGGCCACCUCCGCCUGGGACACGCUCAAAAUCAGUCAAGCGCCACAGGUCAGCAUCAGCCGAAGCAAGUCGUAUAGGGAGAACGGGGCCCCCUUUGUGCCGCCACCGCCCGCCCUGGACGAGCUCGGGAGCAAAGGGGGCGCCCCGCACCCCGACGACAGGCUGGGUCAAGUAGCUUCGGCUGCCGCCGCCACUUCGGGUCCCCCAGGCCCCGAGGACGACGACGAGGAGCUGCUGGAGGACGAGGAGGAGGACGACGAAGAAGAAGAGUUGCUGGAGGACGACGAAGAGGAGCUCCUGGAAGACGACGGCAGGGGCCUCCUGAAGGAGCCCAGGCGUUGCACCGCCGCCACCGCUGCUGCAGCUGCGGCGGCCGCCGCCGCUGCUGCCGCCGCCGCCGCCGCCGCCGCCGCCGCGGAGGGCGGGGAGCUGUCCCCCAAAGAGGAGCUGCUGCUGCACCCCUGGAGGACGGACGAGGGCAAGGACGGGCGAGUGGACAGUGUGUGCCUAUCGGCAGGCAGCGACUCGGAAGAGGGCCUGCUCAAGAGGAAGCAGCGGCGUUACCGCACUACCUUCACCAGCUAUCAACUGGAGGAACUGGAGCGCUUUCAAAAAACUCAUUAUCCCGACGUCUUCACCAGGGAAGAGCUGGCCAUGCGACUUGAUCUGACAGAAGCUCGAGUCCAGGUCUGGUUUCAGAACCGACGAGCCAAGUGGCGAAAAAGGGAGAAAGCUGGAGCUCAGACUCACCCUCCAGGCUUGCCUUUUCCUGGUCCUCUCUCGGCGACCCACCCCCUCAGUCCAUACCUGGAUGCCAGCCCUUUCCCUCCUCAUCAUCCAGCUCUCGACUCAGCCUGGACUGCUGCUGCAGCUGCGGCUGCUGCUGCCUUUCCCAGUCUACCUCCUCCCCCUGGUUCUGCAACUUUGCCACCAAGUGGGACUCCACUAGGCCUCAGCACUUUCCUGGGUGCAGCAGUAUUCCGGCAUCCAGCCUUCAUCAGCCCUGCAUUUGGAAGGCUGUUUUCCACGAUGGCUCCUCUGACUAGUGCUUCCACCGCUGCGGCCCUCCUGAGACAGCCCACUCCCGCGGUGGAUAGCGGGGUGCAGUCAAGUGGGCUCUCAGACCCCGCCACAGCUGCAGCAGACAGACGGGCUUCGAGCAUAGCAGCUCUGAGGCUGAAAGCAAAAGAACACGCCGCCCAACUGACACAGCUCAAUAUCCUCCCUGGGAACAGCACAGGGAAAGAGGUGUGUUAAAAGCCGACCCAGCACCACCAUCGCUAAUCAAAUCAAAGGUCACCUCAAAUAGCACCAAUCAAGACCAAAUGGAAAGAAGAGGACCAGCAAACUGAGACGUUGGAGAGGUUCUCGAGUUAGGAACUUGGAGAAAGAGAGAGAGAAGGAGAAGGAGAGAGAGAGAGAGAGAGAGAAAGCAAGCAAGCAUCCUUCGCCACAGUGCUCUCCUGAGUCACCCAACACUAACAGCUCCUGAAUAGCGAAUUCCUUGGCUGGUACCUUUUUUCUCCCCUUAAACGUCCAACCUGCUGAUUUUUUCCUUUCACCUCUCGCUUUUAAACUGACGUCACAAUGUAAAAUACAUUUUGAGUUGCCUUCUUCCUCUGUUUUGUUGUUUUCCUCCCUGGAUUCUUCGAAUACUGUUUCCUGUGUGUGUUUUGUAAAGGUUGGGUUCUCCCCCCCUUCCGGUUGUCCCCUCCCCAUCUUUUAAAACUCCCCCCUUGGCCUGCUGAGUUUUCUCACCCAAGGAUGCUUCGGGGCAGAAAGAGAGUUCAUUUGAUGCUGUAUGAUAACCAGUGCACUUAAAGGAAAGGGGUAUCUUUUUCUUGUUCUAUUCUUUAUCACUACACCAACCAAGGUUUUUAUAUCAAACCAAAGGGAAAUACACUGCUAGAAUAUGGACUGUUUAAGUCACUAAACUGUGAUUAUUGAUUCUGUACAUACCGUUGUUAUAAAAAAGAACAGAGCUUUGUAUAUUUGAAAUGUUAUAAAACAAUUGCACUCAGUGUAGUGUUGUAAAAGUUUGUCCUUCUGUAGAUUCUUACUGUGUUGUAGAUAUGAUAGGGUUCCUAGACAAAUAUUUAUGUACACAAACCCUUUAUUUAACUUAUUAACUGUAGAGGUUCCUGAGACCUUGAAAAAAAGGCAAUGGUACAGUACUUUUGUGUAAUGUUGUUCUUGUUCUCACUUUUCCUUGCUAUCCACUGGAGAAGUGCCACACUCAGAAAAUAAAAAAUAUAUAUGUUUAACAAAA